GGUCCAUCGAUGUUGCCAACGCUUAACAUGACUGGGGACAUUGUCGGAUACGAACACUUGACCCAACGAUUCGGUAAACUGGAUACUGGAGACCUCGUUGUGGCCAUACAUCCAUCUGACCCCUCGAAGUUAGUGUGUAAACGGAUCAUUGGUAUUCCGGGCGACAAGGUCUGUAUCGACCCUAUCUCAUUUCAUCGCCAGUAUAUUACAGUUCCUCCAGGACACUAUUGGCUUAUGGGUGACAAUCUCAACAAUUCAACCGACUCGCGUGUUUAUGGACCUGUCAGUGGAGGACUAAUUCUUGGACGCGUGUUUGCCAGGGUAUGGGAACAAUGGUGUUUGUAA